AUGUCAGCGUGGAUGAUCCACCCGGUCCUGAACGUGGGGAGUCCCGCCCAGACCCCCCAAGGGCAGUCUCUCACCCCCCGGACAGAGCGCCAGUUGAGGACGUUCGGGAAUGAGGACAACCAGUUGAGGACGUUCGGGAAUGAGGACAACCAGUUGAGGACGUUCGGAAAUGAGGACAACCAGCUAAGGACUUUCGGGAAUGGGGACAACCAGUUGAGGACGUUCGGGAAUGAAGACAACCAGUUAAAAACGUUCGGGAAUGAGGACAACCAGUUAAGGACGUUCGUAAAUGAGGACAACCAGUUGAAGACGUUCACGUUCCUGAAUGAGGACAACCAGUUGAAGACGUUCCUGAAUGAGGACAACCAGUUGAAGACAUUCGUGAAUGAGGACAACCAGUUGAAGACGUUCGUAAAUGAGGACAACCAGUUGAGGACGUUCCUGAAUGAGGACAACCAGUUGAAGACGUUCGUGAAUGAGGACAACCAGUUGAAGACGUUCCUGAAUGAGGACAACCAGUUGAAGACGUUCGUGAAUGAGGACAACCAGUUGAAGACAUUCGUGAAUGAGGACACCCAGUUGAAGACGUUCGUGAAUGAGGACAACCAGUUGAAGACGUUCGUGAAUGAGGACAACCAGUUGAAGACGUUCCUGAAUGAGGACAACCAGUUGAAGACGUUCGUGAAUGAGGACAACCAGUUGAAGACAUUCGUGAAUGAGGACACCCAGUUGAAGACGUUCGUAAAUGAGGACAACCAGUUGAAGACGUUCGUGAAUGAGGACAACCAGUUAAAGACGUUCGUAAAUGAGGCGUUCGUGAAUGAGGACAACCAGUUGAAGACGUUCGUAAAUGAGGACAACCAGUUGAAGACGUUCGUGAAUGAGGACAACCAGUUGAAGACGUUCGUAAAUGAGGACAACCAGUUGAAGACGUUCCUGAAUGAGGACAACCAGUUGAAGACGUUCGUAAAUGAGGACAACCAGUUAAAGACGUUCGUAAAUGAGGACAACCAGUUGAAGACGUUCGUGAAUGAGGACAACCAGUUGAAGACGUUCGUAAAUGAGGACAACCAGUUGAAGACGUUCGGGUAUGAGGACAACCAGUUGAAGACGUUCGUGAAUGAGGACAACCAGUUGAGGACAUUCGUGAAUGAGGACAACCAGUUGAAGACGUUCGUGAAUGAGUACAACCAGUUGAGGACGUUCGGGUAUGGGACAACCAGUUGA